CUCUAAAUAUGGAUAAUACGGAAGAGAUAUAAUUUGCUUAUACACCGAUUUUCAGCCGGUGCCCGUUCAGCAAAUCAGCUGUUGUCAAAAGGUUGGUUUCUAACAGUAUGUGUUCUUAAAAGAAGAUUGAGGCAUAACAAUUGUUGAUAGUCAAACAAUGGCUAUGGCUAGUAUGGGAACAGAAUUCACAGCUGAAAAUGUGGAAAAGGCAGUAAACAACUUUUAUUGUAACGCUGCAGUACAGCAGGAAGUUCACCAGUGGUUGACAGCAGCUCAAGUCUCACCUGCAGCAUGGUCAUUCUGCUGGCAACUACUAGUGCCAGAUAAGGGCCUACAGGUGCAGUAUUUUGGUGCCAGCUGUUUACAUGUUAAGAUAAGCAGAUACUGGAAUGAAAUACCAGCUGACCAGUUUGAAUCUCUACGAAGCCGCAUCCUUGAGCAAAUUGUAAACUCUGCGACCGGACCAAAACUUAUCCUUACCAGACUAUGUGUUGCAUUAUCAUCAUUAGCCCUCCACUCCAUGCCUCAAACAUGGUCCAACCCAGUUGACUCCCUCAUCAUUAUGUUCCAAGAUGACUCCUCCCCUCUCAAUUCCACACAGAGAUGUAAUGUUUUGCUAGAAAUCUUCACUGUCCUUCCAGAAGAGUUUUAUAGUAUGAACCUGACCAAUAGCAGAAGAUCAGAACUGCGCUUUGAACUUACACAAAAUAUGACCAAAAUUUUAGCCUUACUGACUAAUUUGAUGAGCCCAAACUCACCAAGUGAUGUGUACGAGCAUGCCCUCAAAUGUUUCGGGAGCUGGGUGGAUUUUGGUAUUCCAAUGAACGAGGCUGAACAGAUAAUUAUACAGGUUUUCCAAAGCCUCAACAGUCCACAUCUGUAUGAUUCUGCUGUAGACACUCUCGUUAAAGUCUUCUCACAUCCAGAUUCUCACAGAUUUCCAUAUACCAUACAGAAGUUGCUUCCCUUGGUCUUACAGUUACAAGGAAUGCUCAAUUCAGCCACAAAUGACCAUAAUAUGGAUACUUGUCAUGGUAUAACACAGAUUGUUGUGUCAUUGGCAGAGAACCAUACAAAACUAAUCAUAGACAGUGCAAGUGGGGAUGAUGAAAAUAAAAAAUCUGAUAUACAGAAGCUUAUAAGCCUAGUUUUGAGUUGUUCAAGUAUUCCAGGACAUUACCCAGUAGAUGAAACUUGUAGUAGUAUGACCUUCACCUUCUGGUAUAUACUUCAGGACAAUUUACAAGAUUUGGAUAGUGACAAGUACCAACUAUUAUUGCCCAUGUUCCAGCCAGUAUAUCUUGGCCUAAUAGAAAACCUUCUUAUCAAAGUACAGUUCCCAACAGAAGAAGUUUAUGAAACCUGGUCUGCAGAAGAGAAAGAGCAAUUUAGAUGUUACAGACAAGAUAUAGGCGAUACAAUGAUGUAUGCGUACAGUAUACUACGAGAACCGUUGCUAGGAUACCUGUGUAAUGCUCUUGCAAGUCUAGUUAAAACUGACAAGGAACUCAAUGUACGCUGGGAGUUGAUGGAGGCAAUAUUUUUCCUGUUUAACUCGGUGGCAGAGAGUGUUGACUUGGAGGAAGGAAUAUAUCUACCAUCUGUACUAGAACUCUUGCCUAAACUACCAUUUACCAAUGUGAAAUUCAUCUCUACUGUUUUAUACAUGUUGGGGUCAUUUGGUGAAUGGAUGAAUUGCCACCCACAAUCGUUACCAUGUGCAAUACCAUUAUUACUCCAGGGCCUCAGUAAUCCUGAGGUUGCCAUGGCAGCAACCAUGGCCCUUAAAGAUGUUACUAGGGAGACUUUAGAACACAUUCAGCCAUAUGUGCCACAGAUACUCCAGGCCUGCCAGGCUGCAUUGGGAAGAGGAAAUCUGAAGUCACGUGAAAAUAUACGUAUUAUGUCAUGUAUAGGACAGGUGUUAUCCGUAUUACCAUACAAUGAUAUCAUGGGACAUCUUGAUCCUAUCCUAACACCACUAAUACAAGAACUUGAGCAAUUAUCAAAACAACAGCCUUCAUCGUCCGUGAAAAGUCGCCUACUAUUGAAGAUCAACAUGCUGAGUUGGUUAUUUGCUUCCCUAGAUACCGACAGAGAACUAGGGGGAGAGAAGCAGUCCAAGUUUGAAUCACAGGGACCUAAACCUGUAUUUGUGAUUUUACAGAGGAUUGCACCUCUCCUCCAAACUGUGGUCUCCAACUGGAUCAAUGAUGCUGGUGUUGUUGAGGCAGUAUGUGAGCUUUUCAAACGCUCUCUACAAACAUUGAUGGACGACUUCGCCCCACUUUCCAAAGAUGUUGCCGAACUUCUAGUCCAGAUGUAUCAAACAGUUCCACAUAUAGCUAUACUAGAUCUUACAAAACAGCUGAUUUUGAUGUUCCAUAGUGAUGCUGAAUUCUCCAGUGUUGUGAAAGUAUUAUUACAGUCUGUGUGUAAUAAAAGCUUGGAUUUGUUCCAGGGAGAUAUACAUCAGCAUACUGAUAUUGUUGAAUCAUUCAUGCAGCUUUUGUCACAGGUAUUAAAGAAGACUAAACAUGUUCUAUUUGAGCCUGGAAACAACAUAAAUGGCCUAUUUCAAGCAGGUAUGGUGGGCAUGUCAUUACCUGAAAAUCAUACAGUAAAAGCUUCCUGUUUAUUCCUGACAGAAUUGAUCUCACAGAAAGAUGUGGUUGUGGUACAAGAGGUGGUCAUGUCACAGGGGGAAGUACUUCUUGACAGGAUCAUGAGG